AUGCCAGGUGUCUCCGUUCGCGACGUCCCUUCGGACAAGUUCAUCGCCGCCUACGCCGCUUUCUUGAAGCGUCAGGGAAAGCUCCCAAUUCCAGGUUGGUCCGACACUGUCAAGCUGUCCAACGCCAAGGAGCUGCCACCACAGUCGCAGGACUGGUUCUACAUCCGCGCGGCCUCUGUUGCCCGCCACGUCUACGUCCGCAAGACCGUCGGUGUUGGUCGUCUGCGCAAGGUCCACGGUGGUACCAAGAACCGUGGCUCGCGCCCAUCCCACCACGUCGACGCUUCCGGCUCCGUUGACCGCAAGGUCUUCCAGGCUCUUGAGAAGAUCGGUGUUCUCGAGAAGGACGAGGAGAAGGGUGGCCGCCGCAUCACUCAGUCCGGUCAGCGUGAUUUGGACCGUAUCGCUCAGACCACUCUUGAGGCUGAGGAGGAGGACGAGGAUGACGAGUAA